AGCGCUACGAAAAUUAAUGAAUUUGAUGUCGUACUGGCGCAAACAUACGCUGCUAUGCUGCGCAGUUGCGAUUCAUAACCAGGGGAAGCUAGUUUCCUACUGCCCUGAAGGCGGCAUUUCUCCAGUAAUAACGGAACCAUAUGAGGUGAACUCGCUGUAGUCGCAUUGUGCUGGUCUGGUCGGCUAACGCUUGUAUUUAUCAAAGGAUAUUCUCGCUUAGCUCGUUAGCUUGCUAGCUCCUUUUGUUUUGUCAUUGCAGCAUUUUAAAUAUCCUGGUUAGUUUCUUUGACUUGGCCCAUGCUGCUGCCUGAUACAUUAAUUGUUCGCUAUCAUGUCGAAAUCGUUACGUUAUUUUUAGCUAGCGCAGCGAGAAGUAGCGGUAAUCUAAGCCUGAGUAUUCGGUCAGUUUGAAAAAAAAAAAAAGAUUAGGAAUGGAGCAGUGGCAGGAAGCGGCCUCUCAGCAACUUGAGUUGCUAACAACUCGUUUGAAUGAAGCCCUGUCCAAAGGCCUGGUGUGGCUGCGCCACGAGUUUGGGCUCGAUCUGGGGCUGAAGCCUGAGCUGAUUCCGCCAUGGGUAAUUAUCUGUGCGGCGUGCACCGGAGUGUUGCUUCUGGUCGUGCUGUGGGCCUCCGUCUGUCGGGCUGUCUUCAAGAAGAGGGUCGUCGUUAGCACUUCGGAUGACAGCGUUGAUGGAAAACGAGUUACUAUUAAAGCAGCCAAGUCAGAAGAACCGAAGAAAAAAAAGAAGAAGGCAGAAAAGAAAGCUCAGCCAAAUGGAAGAGCUAAUGCUGAACCCCAGGAGGAAGCCAUAGUGUCGGAGGACCUAGUGCCACAUCACCAUCCGCCCCCAGAAGUUAAAACUGACAAGGCUGCAGAGACAAAGAAGUCCAAAAAGAAGGCCAAACAAGCUGUGAAGGAGACCAAGACAGUGGUCGGUGAUGGCAAAGAACCAGAAGAAGGCACAUGGGAGACCAAGGUGAGCAACAAGGGGAAACGUGAGCAACGCAAGAAGGACAAAGGUUCCAGCGACGGCUCGGCCAGCCCUGGAGGAGGGAACUCACCAGUGAGCACUCCCUCAGCACAGCCCAAAGCGUCGACUGCACCUCCCGCUCCUGCUCCCGCUCCUGCUCCUGCUCCUGCCAGCCAGAAGAAGAAAAAAGCCAACAGCAGCGAAGCAGCUGAGGUGGCGGCUGCUACCACGGGCAUGAGCAUCAAAGUCGCUCCAAAGACAACUUCCUGGUCCACUCAGAGGCAACCGGCGCCACUUUUGAGGAGAGGGAUUGAUGACUCCUGGACCCUGAUCUCCUCCUCAGACCUGGUUGUGGGCCCAUUACCCAGACGGGGAGUUGGUUCUGCUCCGCCGCAGCCUGUAGGGGAGCUGCCAUGGCUGGGGCAGGCCAGAGCUGAUGAGUGGUCUGGACUCAAUGGUGGAUCAGCUGACCCCAGCUCUGACUGGGAUGCCCCCUCUGAGGCCUGGGGCAACUACGAGGAACCUUCUCCUGAGCCGCCCCUCCCCCAGCUGGCCAUGGUUAAUCUGAUCGGAGCCGCUGAGGACGAUGAAGACGAUAAGGAAAAGGAAGAUGGCGCUACUGAUGGAGCAGCUAAAAGUAAGAAGAAGAAAAAGAAGAAGAAGAAGUCUGCUGAAGAGGAAGGAACAGCAGGCCAGGUUGAAGAGACCGUCAAGGAAAUGCCUCCUGCUGCCUCAGGGAAGAAGCAGCCACCUGCUCAGGAGAACGCUGCUGCCGUCCAGCCUGUCAGAGCAGCCGCUGUGGAGGUCAGUGAGGCAAGAGGGCAGCGACAAGUGAAGGACACCAUUCCCCAGAAGCCCCCUGUCACACAAGUGCCACCAAAGCCUACUGAUGGAGAGCCCACUGCCAAGCAGAACAACUUUCCUGCUCCAACUGUGCAAAAAAAACCAGAGGAGAACCAAGCGUCCAAACCAGCGAAGAAGAAGAAGGCGAGGAGAGAGACAUGAGGACUCCCCCCCCCCCCCCCACACACACUCUUCUGUAUGCAAAAGACCACAUCCUGUUUAUGCAACACCUUCUGUAACAGGGUCGUCAAACCACAGUUGAUACUGAAGGACUUGACCUUAAGACUUGUCUGAAUCGUCAGUUGCCAGGUCACUGAGAGCUGAAACACAAUGCAGUGCAAUCUAAUGUAAUGAGGUGUUAAUGAUUUUUUUAUUUACAAUCAAUCUUCUGACCCCGUUGACCUGAAGGAGCUGUAUCGUAGUCCGUAGACGUGUAGAAAAUACUGAUCAUUAGAAGUUUGUUGCCAUGGUGACAAACCUGGCUGGACUGGAGCGAGGAACUGGCCUCUCGCUCUGCAGAUUAAUGAUUGGAGCUCGAUAAGCUGUAAACUGUUGUGAUGUAAUUGAUCAUGGUGAGACACGGGAAAGGGAGUCGUGUCUGCUCUGUACUUCUGAUUUUUCUUUCUGUGAUUCUGAAAACGUUGUCAACUGUUCAUCUGGUUUGUCUCGUCUGUCGUUUUGCUGCAGUGUGUCAACAACUGUUGUCUUGCUGUUCUUACGGUCUGCGACCACAGCUGUGUGGAAGCCUCUGGUGGCAAAUGUGUCCUUCCAACAUCAUCGGCUUCGUUUUUCACCUCUGCUUGAUUCUCAAGUCUUCAGAGCCUUUUGUAAAACCUGUUUGUAAUAAAAGAAAAGCUAAAGCCAUAUGUAAAAAGACAAAAUAAAGGCCAGUUUUUCUA